ACGCGUUUUGCACGCACGCAUGUAGUUUGUCCCUUCAAUGUGUCCGUACGAGGGCUAGCAAGAAGGCUAACCAAUCAUUGCAAAACGAAAACAAUCACUAAAAUUCAUCAAGGAAGGCUAAAAAACAAAUAAAUGGUUUUGUCUUAAUACUUUAAAUACUAUAGGAGACGUAUCUGAAGGUCAUCAGCGAACGGUGUGGUUAAAGACAGGAUGGCUUUAGUAUCAGCAGACACAAAAAUUGCAGAGUUCCUUAACGAGCUACAUCAACUCAUAAAACAAACUCAGGAGGAGCGAUUAAGAAGUGAACACAAUCUUCUCAACAUCCAGAAGACACAUGAAAGGAUGCAGACAGAAAAUAAAACAUCUCCAUACUAUCGGACAAAACUAAGGGGUCUUUACACAACAGCAAAAGCAGAUGCUGAGGCUGAAUGCAGUAUACUUCGGCGGGCGCUUGACAAGAUUGCAGAAAUCAAAUCCCUUUUGGAGGAAAGACGAAUUGCUGCCAGGAUGGCAGGGGUGUACAGUGACACCGACCCUCCGAGAAAGACCAUGCGCAGAGGUGUUCUCAUGACCCUGUUGCAGCAGUCAGCUAUGACCCUACCUCUCUGGAUUGGCAAACCUGGGGAGAGUCCUCCCCCACUAUGUGGUGCUAUACCAGCAAGCAGUGACUAUGUGGCUAAGCAGGGGGACAAGGUGGCGGCACGUGUGAAGGCUGUGGAUGGAGAUGAGCAGUGGAUUCUUGCGGAAGUGGUCAGCUACAACCACUCCACCAACAAGUAUGAAGUGGAUGACAUUGAUGAAGAGGGUAAAGAGAGACACACGCUGAGUCGGAGGAGAAUUAUCCCUCUCCCACAGUGGAAAGCAAACCCAGAGACAGACCCAGAGGCUCUGUUCAGUAAAGACCAGCUGGUGCUGGCGCUCUAUCCACAAACCACAUGCUUUUACAGAGCCUUGAUCCACACGCCACCACACAGGCCCCAGGAUGACUACUCUGUGCUGUUUGAAGACACGUCUUAUGCUGAUGGCUAUUCGCCACCUCUCAACGUUGCCCAGCGAUAUGUAGUGGCCUGCAAGGAAAACAAAAAGAAGUGACAGAAGGAACCAAAAGCGAAAGAAUAAAAAAUGGAUAAAGAAUAAAAAUGGGACAUUGUUUGCAAAAAGUAAU